AUGUUCAGCGCCGAUGCGUUUGCCGACUGGCUGAACGCCACCUCACUACCGCAAGACCUCGAGACAGAACGAGCCCUCCUGCAGUCCCUCGACACCCCGCAGACCCUCGACAUCCCCAGCCUGACCGACGACGCGCUCUCGUGGCCCGCCGAGCCAGCCCGGCCCAGCGCCCCCGAUAUCGCCUACGACCCCAUGGUCCAGCUCUACUACCAGAACUUCCAUCGGUCGCACCCGGUGCUCGUGCCGCGGCGCGCGCUGCAGUCGCCGCUGCGGGCGCGCCUGCCCGCCUACCUCCCGGCCAUCAUGCGCUACAUCGGCGCGCACUACUACCCAGACCCGCUGUUCAAGGAGUCGUACCGCGCGGCGGCGUACGAGGCGCUCGCCGCGCCCAAGGACGGCUUCCGCGUGCAGGCCCUGCUGCUCCUCGCCAUCGUCGAGCACGCCCACGGCAGCGAGGACGCCGCCCGCCGCUCCCUCGACUCCGCCAUCACCGACGCCCUGGCCCUGGGCAUGAACCGCGCGCCGUUCGCGCGAGAGCACGCGGCCGGCGACGCCGUGCUGGAGGAGAGCUGGCGCCGCACGUACUGGGAGCUGUACGUCGUCGACGGGCUGCUGGCCGCCAUGAGCGAGCAGGGCGUCUUCCGGCUGGGCCAGCAGAAGACGGGCGUGAAGAUGCCGUGCGCGGAGCACAUGUACAACGCCGCAGUCGAUGUCGUGCCGAACCCGCACACGCUAGACGACAUGGAGCGCGAGUGGGCGUUCGGCGACGGCUCGCACGCCUCCUCGUUCGCGUACCGCAUCCAGGCCGUGCGCAAUCUCGGCCAGGUGCUCGAGGUCAACCGCUCGCUGGACGUCGACACCGAAGCCACGGUGGAGGCCGUGGACGCGGCGCUGUUCUCGGCCGUCAUGCGGCUGCCCUCCGCAUACGACAGCUCCAGCGUCGACGAGAUGGUCUUCCAGGCCGAGAUGAUCAACUACCUAGCGAUGAUAUACCUCCACCACCCGCGGUCGAGCAUGCGCUUCGCGUCCUUCCACGCGCGCACAUCCUGCACGCGACUGCGCGCAUCGCACGACCGCGCGCCGCCGCCCGCCCCCGAGCUCGACCUGCACUCGCAGAAGUUCCUGCGCGCCGCGGACAUGCUGUCGAAUCUGGCGACCCUGCCCAGUCCCAUCCAGGCGCGCACGCCGUUCUUUACCUGCGCGCUGGCCAUGUGUGUCGUCGUGCAUACGGCCGGGUGUCUGGUGCUGCCGGCGGCGGACAGGCAGGAGAGCCUCAAGGCGCGCAUCCAGCUGGGGAUUGGCGGGCUGCAUGUGCUUGGGAAGGUGUGGCCGCUGGCGCGGGCCGUGCGGAGGCAGAUGGUGGAUAUGUAUCAGGAGAUGGGGGUGCGAUGA